UGUCCACAUGGUUCGAAUCUAUAUGUAAUUGAAUUUUUUAAUCGUUCAACAGUUGAAUCAAUUCAAUACUGAGAGCCGGAAUUGUUUACUUUUAUAAAUCAUUGAUUUAGUUAUUAUCCUUGUUUCUCAACAUGAUUUUUUAUUUUAUUAAAAAGAAAAUAUUGAUUGAAUUACUUAUUUUCAUUCAUUUUUUGCUGCUUCAUGAAACUACGUCAUCUAAAAGAAUAUCGCAAAAAAAAUGUGAACAAUAUGCAAAUUUAGUAUAUCACGAAGAAGAAUCACCAGUGCUGCGUAUUGAUGUUGGCCAAAAAAAAAUUACUUCUAAAUGUGGAAUUGUUGAAACACCUCUUAUUGUAGGAGGUGUAAAAGCUAAACCCAUGGAAUUUCCACAUAUGGCAAUGAUAGGAUAUGGAAAGGACGUUAUCUCUUGGCAAUGUGGAGGUUCAGUGAUUUCAGAAGAUUACAUUUUAACUGCUGCUCAUUGUAUUAAUUCAACUGAUAAAGGACCAGCAAUAAAAGUAAGAGUUGGAACAAUUAGUACCAAAGCUCUAGAGCCUACAAUGCAGGAACGAGAUAUUGUUGAAAGAAUUGGACACCCAGAGUAUAGAUUACCUUUACGAUAUAAUGAUAUUGCUCUCUUGAAAUUAGAUCAACCACUUGAUUUUAAUGAAUAUAUAAGACCUGCAUGUUUAGAGGUCGAAUCAAUGCAGGAAUUAAGUAUGACUAGAAAGUUGCAUUUCAUUGCUAGUGGAUUUGGUAAAACUGCUUAUGAGGCAGAUUAUGGCAGUGAUGACUUAAUGAAAGUCACUCUAGAUUACAUAAGCCCAGAAACUUGUCAGAGAAAUUAUCAAUCAGAAGUAGGUAGCAGGCAAAUGCCCCAAGGAUUAAUUCCCAGUAUGUUAUGUGCUGGCAUAAUGGAAGGUGGAAAAGACACUUGUCAAGGUGAUAGCGGAGGACCUCUUCAAAGAGUAUUGCAUACGCCUUAUUGUAUGUACAGCAUUGUUGGUGUAACAAGUUUUGGAAAAUUUUGUGCCUUUAAAAAUUCUCCAGCAAUUUAUACUCAAGUUAGCUCAUAUCUUGAUUGGAUUGAACAUGUUGUAUGGACUGAAUAAAAAAACUCAUCAAAAAA